CUCCCAACGAUAAAAAUGCGCGAGUGCAUCACCCUCCACCUCGGCCAGGCCGGCGUCCAGACCGGCAACGCCUGCUGGGAGCUCUUCUGCCUCGAGCACGGCAUCCAGCCCGACGGCCAGAUGCCGUCCGACAAGACGAUUGGCGGCGGUGACGACGCGUUCAACACCUUCUUCUCCGAGACGGGGUCGGGCAAGCACGUCCCGCGCACCGUCUUCAUCGACCUCGAGCCGACCGUCAUCGAUGAGGUCCGCACGGGCACGUACCGCCAGCUCUACCACCCGGAGCAGCUCAUCUCGGGCAAGGAGGACGCGGCGAACAACUACGCCCGCGGCCACUACACCGUUGGCAAGGAGAUCGUCGACCUGGUCCUCGACCGCAUCCGCAAGCUCGCAGACAACUGCACCGGCCUCCAGGGCUUCUUCGCCUUCAACGCCAUCGGCGGCGGCACCGGCUCCGGCCUGGGCGCCCUCCUCCUCGAGCGCCUCUCGGUCGACUACGGCCGCAAGUCCAAGGUCUCCUUCACCAUCUACCCGGCGCCGCAGGUCUCGACCGCCGUCGUCGAGCCGUACAACUGCGUCCUCUCGACGCACACGCUGCUCGAGCAUACGGACGUCACCUUCAUGGUCGACAACGAGGCGCUGUACGACAUCUGCCGCCGCAACCUCGACAUCGAGCGGCCGACGUACACCAACCUCAACCGGCUCACCGCCCAGAUCAUCUCGUCGAUGACCGCCUCGCUCCGCUUCGACGGCGCGCUCAACGUCGACCUCACCGAGUUCCAGACCAACCUGGUCCCGUACCCGCGCAUCCACCUGGCGAUCGCCUCGUUUGCGCCAAUCAUCUCGGCCGAGAAGGCGUACCACGAGCAGCUCUCCGUCUCGGAGAUCACCAACGCCGUCUUCGAGCCCGCAUCGAUGCUCGUCAAGGUCGACCCGCGCCACGGCAAGUACAUGGCGUGCUGCCUCAUGUACCGCGGCGACGUGGUGCCCAAGGACGUCAACUCGGCGGUCGCCACCAUCAAGACGAAGCGCACCAUCCAGUUCGUCGACUGGGGCCCCACCGGCUUCAAGUGCGGCAUCAACUACCAGCCGCCCACGGUCGUGCCGGGCGGCGACCUCGCCAAGGUGAUGCGCGCCGUCACGAUGAUGUCCAACACGACCUGCAUCGCCGAGAUCUACUCGCGCAUCGACCACAAGUUCGACCUGAUGUACGCCAAGCGCGCCUUCGUGCACUGGUACGUCGGCGAGGGCAUGGAGGAGGGCGAGUUCUCCGAGGCGCGCGAGGACAUGGCCGCCCUCGAGAAGGACUACGAGGAGGUCGGCGCCGACUCGGCUGAGGGCGACGGCGAGGAGGAGGAGUACUAGGGCGGCACCUCCCCCGUCCCUUCCGCGCCAGCGCCCGACCCCGCCAAGGGCCCCCUCCUCGCUUUUCGGGGGUGGCGCGGGGCCGCGAGGUCGCGGCUCGCGCGGACAUGUGAGGCCCGGGGUGUGCCACGGCGCUCUCUACGUUGACGCUUAGCUGCCGCGAGCCUGCACUUUCGCGGCGUCACUGGAGCUGUGUGCGUGUGCCCCUCGUUGGCCGCAAUUUCGAGAGGCCGUGACGCGUGAGACUGAGAGGUCCGCCAUAAAUAAAUAAAU